AAUGUGUGCUUCUGUUCUGACACCCCUCUAACCUUCAGUUCAACCAUUAUCUUCUGUGAUGACUUCCAUAACAGGUUCCAGGUUAAAGUAUGGGCUGUUGCUGACAAUUGUCUAUUAACAGUUUGGCCGUACCUGGCAUUACAUCGCUCUGAACAACAAAUCGUACUCAAAACAGGUGCCACAGCUGUCGAGGCUGUGCUUCAGAAUUUUCACAUACAAAGUGUAGGAUCUUUUUCUUCAAUCUCAACCUUUGGUCUCUCCAGCUCCAAUAAAAAGCUAUCAAGUUCAGACUCUUUUCCUGGGAGUACUGAUACCAGUGAUCAUAGCAGUAGUGAGGAAUUGGCCUCUUAUAGCAGAGGAACCUCAACAAACUGCGGUGUUCCAGAGUUUUAUGCCUCCAACUCAGAGCUGGGCCUCUUCUACCAGAGUGUGUUGGUUGCGGUGGAAAGAUGGUUUAGUUUGUUUGGAUGGGCUAAUGGACCAUAUCCGAUCUCUGUCCCACAUACUGUGAGAAUAGUUGAGUCAAAAAUUCAAACAAAUACUUACAAUGGGAAAACUCCAAAUAAGGGCUUCAGGUCUGUUGUGGACCUGCUUAUUCAUCUAACUGGGAAAGAGAUUCCUGGAAUUCCCCACAGCCAGUCCAUUUCAGAUGAUUUGAAUCAGCGUACACUUCAGCUCAUACAGCAGUACAAAGCCGUACUUAAAUUCCUCAGUGUUCAGGGAGCCUGCCUGUCUUACUUGAGGCCAGAGUACUUGUUGGACAAGAGUGAAUUUAUACACUGGUGCUCUUUGCAGGUGAAAGAGUGCACAAACCAUGUAGACUACAGUAGUAUUAACUAUGAGUCGAUGAGCAAACGUUCAUGGACGGAUUUGCUGCUACAAAUUUAUAAGUUGUUUAUCUUAUGCCGUGUGUCAUUCAAAGAAUUGACAUGCAAUUCAGCCCUGAAUAAAGUGGCACCCAGCUGCCUACAGCCAGAAGCCAGUAACAUCUACUCUCCCUUUGAACUCCAGUUACUUUCAUGGCUUAAUAUGCAUUAUGAAAGCAUGAGGGAAACAGUCUGGACUGCUGGUAUAAAAUCAGCUCGCUGGAUUGUCAAUUUUGAUUUGGACUUUACAGAUGGGCUUGUGCUAGCAGCUCUGCUAGCUGCCUAUUGUCCUUACCUGAUUUGCAGUCAUUUUAGCAGGAUGUACACAAAGCCCACCAGCAUGGAGGAGAUUCUUCAUAACAACAUCAUAGUAGUGCAAGCCUUAACUACACUUUCUCUCAAUAUUGAUAUUUAUCCCACAGACCUGUCAGAUCCCAACCCUGUGCAGAUGUUAAUGCUGUGUGUUCAUCUGAAUAAGAAACUUCCUCAGUAUCAGCCAACACAAACCAUUACCUUAUCAGGAGAGUUACACAGCACCAUUAGCAAACAGGUCCAUUUGACUUUACCAACAGCAAAGCCUAUCAAAUAUAAAGCGCUACUAUUAGGAGAGGAUGCCUAUCUCUUCUCUCUAUCUCAAGGGUCAUCUUUCACAUUUUUUGACAAGGGAAGUAGUGAUCUGACCAUCCAGUACAGCUGUGCAUUUCUGCAGCCAAAGGAGGCUGCCCUUCUGCUUGUUUCCAGCUCAUCAUUUGGAGCACAUGGAACGCUGGCUUUUCAUCUGAAGACGUGUGUAACACACAUGUCUCCCAUGAAAACUGUCAAGUGCACUUCUCCUUGCUACCAGCUCAAGUCAAUCCAACUGACAGUUACUAAUCCUUUCAAAAGUAAUGGCGACUUCAAAGUGAAACUUGUUGAUUAUGUGAACAAUCCUCUGAAGCUAGAGAAGCCAAACCAGCAAACGCAAACAACCUGCAAACCCAUUCCCAUAGUGGAAAAGAUGACAGAGGGGAAACUGUCAGAUCCUCAUGUUGAAGAAAAUACUGAGUUCCUUUGUGCAGUGAAGAGUGUUUUUCUGAAAUCGGGUCAAGAACAUGCUCUCAACAUAGACUACUUGCCCUUUAGUCUUGGAAGCAGAUACUGUUGUGUGCUGCUCACGUGUCCACAGGUUGGAGAUAUUGUGUACAUGAUGAAAGCUACAGCAGAUUUACCCCAACCUCUGACACUUUCUGCAAAGCCAAGUGAACAUGUUAACUCCAGUGCUGAUACAUGUCCAUUAGUGUUAAGUCUACAAUGCAAAGUGGGUGAGGUGUGCAGAGAAGUUAUCUGUUUGCCAAUAAUUAAUAUGGCCUGGGAGGAAGCGCUGGCUAUAUGGGGCCAAUACACAAUGAAUGAUGAUGAGCACAGGAGGCGGUCUCUGACACACACUUUACACAGUAGUAGUGUGAGAAGAGCCAUAGCUUUGCACAAACUUAGAAAGCAACAGGCUUGUUUGAAGGAGCCAGAAAAUGGGAUCGUGUACAACUUGGAGGUGUCUUUACCACAAUACUUCACGUUACCAAAAACGGUUACUAUGCCUGUAAAUGAAAGCCACAAAAUACCAUGGGUGAAUCCUGCAGACUGCCGGUGUGUUGAGAUCCCACUACGCUUUCAAGCUGAUUCAGUGGGAACAUUCACAUGCAAGAUGGUCCUUAGAUCCUGGUGUGAUACUAGAGUCUACAUGCUGGAAGCCAAGGUUACAUCACAGGAAAAAGCUGCACAUCUAGACUUCACUACACCAGUGCACCACUCAGUCACACAAUAUAUACCACUUCACAAUGACAGUGAUCAGGAUUUGAUAAUGAAAGCUUCUAUCUGUGGAGAUGACUUCUCUGGACCAGAGGUUUUCUGUGUCGCUGUGGGUACUAAAGCAUGUUAUCCCCUGACCUUUCACCCAGCCACACAACGCAUUGUUAUGGGCAAGUUGAUUUUACAUAAUGAGUGUAAUGGAACUGAGCACCUGUUUACCCUGAAAGGAGUAGGAGAGUGCCCCCUCCCUGUGGACCACCUCUUACUACGCUGUUCUGUUGGAAGAAGCACUGAGGCACACCUGAAUGUUCCAAACUACAGCAAGACCAAACUUGCAUUGAAGGUAGAGACAGAUCUAUCCAUGAUAAGUGGUCCCAAUUUUGUGGACAUUAAACCAGGUCAAACUGCACCCUACAAAGUGAUUAUAUCACCAUCAAAACGAGGAACACACAAAGGUUGUGUGUCAUUUGUGGAGAUGCUCAAGCUAGGCGAAGAAACCCGCUAUGAAGUGUAUUUUACCCUAGAGAUUAUUUGUGAGGCAGCAGAGCCUUUGAAGAAUAUAAAUGUUCAAUGUCCUAUUCAGAGUAAUGUUGCCAUAGAGAUCCCCAUUAAUAAUCCAUGCGAAGACCAACUAGACCUGAAGGUUUUUCUUGAAGGACAUGGUCUCAGUGGUGAGAAGUCCUUUUCACUCCCUCCACGCAAGACUCUGACCUACAAGGUUAUCUUUUCCCCUUGUGUGAUAGGAAAGAGCACAGGCUGUGUUGCUUUUCAGCCUGAGAUAGGAGAUGAAUUCUGGUAUCACCUGGAUCUUUAUGCCCUUCCUCUUCCUCUUGUUGUGUUACCUGAGGUCAAGUGUCAUCUGGGAAAAUGGACCAAGAUAACCCUUCCUUUAGUUAAUCCGACAUCUGAGCCAAUGGAGUUGACCAUAUCAAAUAGUAACCCCCGAAAUUAUACACUAGACAUGGAUUCCAACAAUCUUACUCUGCAGCCACACUCCUCCUCGCAGCUUGGCGUCCGAUUUAGUCCAUCAUGCAUCGGGGAAAGAGACCACAAAUCAGAGAUCACUUUUUCAUGCCCUCAGUUGCAGCAGUGGUCCUUUUCACUGAGUGGAUGUGGCCUUAAUCCAGAAUGUGAGGAGCCAGUGAGCAUUUCAGCCAAGAUGGGCUCCAGUGCCUCCAUCAACAUUCCCUUCACUAACCCCACUGAGCUCCAGGCUGUGCUUCAUGUAACACUGACAGAUGAAUAUCCACAUGAGAACCAAAACUACUAUGGUGGUUUUACUAUAAUGAGCCAUUUCAAAGAUGUACAGAUAGAUGCUGGAGCCAGCAUUGAUGUUCCUGUUGUGUUCACACCAACUUCCAUGAAGAUUGAAAGAGCUCAACUGUGCAUCUUUAUGGAAUUCCCUGGUAACUUUGGCAUUAGCUCACCCUCCAGUGCCCAUAGUCAGAGGUCAGCUCAGGAUUUGUCCACCAUCUGCUGGAUUUACCCACUCUGUGGGAUUCCCACAGAAGUGCCUGUUGAGAGCCCACCGCUUGGCUUAAUUCGGUGUGAAGCGGGCUGCCAGCUGGAGAAGAAAGUGGAUGUACUGCUUGCAGGAUGUGUUUUGGGAAAAAAAGACAAAACCAAAAAAAAUUCCAUGUUUUUAAAUGCAGUGACAAUGGAAGACUUUGUAUGUGAAGUACACUUAAAGCAUGAAGAGCUUGAAGCUGAGGAAAGUCUUUGUGCUGUCGUUGAAACAGCAAAGAAAGAUCUUGACUCUGGUGAAGUCAAACUCACUCUUCAUCUCCUCUACAGUCCACUUGAGCCAAGCAAGUCACACAAGCACUCAGAAGUAAUGAUUGUGAAGUGUGUGUCCGGAGGCACUUGGGAGUUUCCAAUCACUCUGAUUGCUACAAAACCAUUAUUUGAUGAUGUCAUCCACAUUGAGGCGUCGGAAGUUGGGAAAACAUCAGCUGUGGGCUUCAGGCUAACAAGCACUUCAAGGAGCCCAGAGCCAUAUACUGCAGUGUUUGUGCCAGGGAGCAGCAUUGAGUUUACAGUGGCUCCUGCUUCAGGGAUGCUGCCACCCAUCAACUCGACUGGUGCACUCAUCACAGUGUCCUUCACGCCAAGCUCAAACAGCAGGAGGAGCAGAGCCAGACUUCAAAUCAAGGCAGCAGAUAUGCUCUGGACCUAUGAGGUAAAAGGAAGUAUUCUUCAUAACACACCUCAGAGUGCUCCUUCACAAAGCAGUGCAUCAUCUGAGCCCCGCUCCUCCAUUCCUCACUCAGCCAAUGUGAACCAGAGGAACUUUGUGGUUCGCAAUCUUCGUAUCCCUGGUUUGGCCAACUCAUCUCCACUUAAAAUCUAUAGAUAA